AUGACGGCACCGACCAUACACGACCCGCGCAACCAAAUGCAUCUCUACUGCAAAUUCGACAUGGGCGGCGAAGAUUUGUACGCCGUUAAAUGGUACAAAGACGACCACGAGUUCUUCCGAUACGCUCCAACCGGACCACGCAUCUACGUGGAAUAUCCGGUGCCGGGAGUUACGGUCGACACCAAGAAAUCGCAAUGUACGAGAGAGGCAUGUGAUUUGACGCUGACUGAACUACACAGGCCCUAUAGUUCGGGGGCGUAUCGCUGUGAGGUGUCCAGCGAGGCACCGGCUUUCAGACUUGCUUCACAAACGUACAACAUCACAGUGGCCGCACUUCCGAAGGAUCCACCGACGAUCAGCGGCCUCUCAGACAAUUACCAAGCCGGAGAUUUGAUCCAAGCCAUCUGCACUUCGGGAUUGGGAGAUCCGCAGCCUCGUCUAACAUGGUACGUCAACAAGCAGGCGGUUCCGUCCAAAACCGUUAAAAACCUCCCCGCAGAAACCGUAACAGAUAAGCAAAACGACAAAAUCAAGUUGAAGAACUCGGUUCUUCAGUUGCGAUUGGCUUUGGACAAGAAACUCACCGGAAAGGAACCGUCAUCUAAUUUGGAAGUGAAAUGUGUUGCCUCUACGGAUGGUAUUGGCCCAAGUUUAGCUGUUCCUUUGUCCACCGUGCGUAAUAUAAUGGUUGUGGAUGAGCAUAUGUUGGUCAACAAUCAAAAACUCCACUGGCCCGACAGUUCAUCUCAAAACAAUGUAGCCAUAUGUUUAUUUGUUUUUAUUUUAGCGAUAUUUGCUUUAUUGUGUUGAUUACUCUAAGUGUUUUCUUUCAAUUUGUGUGAUAAUAGAGACUGGGAUUUGGUAAGUUAAAGAAUAAUUUAAGAUAUAUUUAAUUAUACAGAAUCAUAUCACCAAAGUCUUAUAUAAGUAGUCCCUUAACCUUAGACCAAAAAUGUAUAUAUGUGAUAAGUUUGCUGGAAAUCAAAAAAAUUCCCUCUUGUUUUAAAUUUCCUUAAUUUGAUUUCCAGUUUUUAAUGAUGACUAAUCAGGCAUUUUUUCCGAAAGUUUUACUUUCACAUUGCACAAGUCCUCCAUUACCUAUUAAUCUUAGAUGUUAAGAGAUUGGUUUGCUCAAGUUAGUAUUUUAAAGCAAUAUUUUGAAGACGUUUUUACAACUAGACUGAUCAUCCUAUUGUGAAUCCUCGUAUCACACCAAACGAAUUUUUAUUAUAUUCCUUUUAAUAUAAAAAAAAUUACACAACCUAAUCAAUACAAAUGCAAUAUUCAUAAAGUUUUGAAUCCCUCAAUGCGAAAUAAAGUUAAUACAUCUACAUUGCUAAUUUGAAUGGCAAUAUAUAAAAAAUCUAUUCAAUAUUCCUUGUGGUUUCAAAAGCCUGGGUUUAUUUGCUCCAAAAGAAAUAUGGAAAAAACAUAUUGAUAUUCAAUAAUCUGGUUUAAAAUCCGGAGUCAACAUGGCGUAAUAAAAUUACGUUUGGUUACGUGAACUUGUGUUCGGCAAAACUAAAUUGAUGCACUUAAAAAUCUAAACUAAUUAAAUUGUUUAAAAUCUAAAAUGCUUAAUCUCUCUACGAGCGCCAUGAUGGAAUAACAAGGCACGAAUCGUACGUAUGGCCAGGAAGUUUCUUACUUUUGAUUCAUAAUUUAUCCGAGUAUGCAGCUACAUGAAGAACGUUGUGAGGCUUUCAUAAAAUAUUUACUGACAACUACAAGUAAAUAAUUUUAAGAAUAACUUCUGAAUAGCUCCAGCAAUAUGUAUUUAGAAUUAUAAAUACACUGGAGGCUUGGAAGUACACAACCCCUGGAAAAGCAAACUAAUCUUUUCCUUUUUUAGUACUGAAUAAAAGAUAUUAUACUCGUAUAAGUUUUAUUGCUUCUGUUUUAUGAAAUUUAUUAAAAAUAUACGUAAAAAUAAUGAAGCACUUCAAUAUUACAUUGAUCUUAGUGUAAGAACGACCUUACUAAUGAAUAUUGUUUGUUCAUUCAAGUUAAUCUUAAAUUUUAAAAUACUUCUGGUUUUAUAUAUUGGAAUUUCACAGGAAUUGGUAGUGAAUUUUGAGCAGUAAAUCGUUUUUCCACCUUGGAUAUUCCAUUAUCGCGGCUCGAUCGAUGCAAUGUCUUAUGUCAUUUCACUAUGUAAAUAUGCCGUCUAGAAUGUGUACAUACAUACUUUAAAACCAUAUUUGGCAAUAUUCCUAGCCGCCACCAGUAUUCUGCUAGUUAUUUCAUGUAAAUGGUAACCGUAUAAAUCAUCUUAAUAUGUACACAUCGGCUUAAUGGUCCAAAGUAAAAUUAAUGGACCCUUCCCGUGACACAGUUAGUAGCUGAGAUGCCGGAAUAAUAAACUGCAUCGAGGCUCUGACCGCCACGACGCCGUAAUUUUCAGUUUCUUUGUCGUACCAUCGUCUCCAAAUCAGGAGUUUCAGCGAUUUUUUUUGUCGGAUUUAUUUCGGUCUCUCGGAAAGUAACUCGUUAUAUAUGCGUCAAUUACAUGGACAGAGAAUCCAAAAUAAACGUCCGCGUUGUGAACACGGUUUUACUUAUUCUUUUGACCAUUAAUCCAACAUAUAUGUAAGUUCAUUAUUUUUGCACAUAAAGUUGUACAGCACAUUUCGCGUCUAAUGGAAAAGGUGUUUUUCAGCUCGCUUUCAGCACAAAACGCAAUCGCUGAUCGCAUUAAAUGUAAUGCGUUCCAAAGACACCGCAGAUAUAAAAUGCUGGAAUGUUACAUGUGCCAAAAUGGAUUCCAGAAUGAGCUUUGAAUUAAUGUCAACCGGAUCAAAAGACGAACAGAAAUUGAUUUGUUUUUUUGUGUUGAAGGCGGGUGAUGAUAUUUAAAUCGUAUAUCCAUAAAAUGUAACUUUAAAAGCGAUAUAUUAUGAUAAAAUCAUAUAUUAGGUCUAUAUUUGAAGUUUUGUUAACGACGUUUUGGAGAUUUAUGUACU